GCAGGAUUUUACGUUUCCGUAAUCUUGCGCGGAUGGGAAGCGCACUAGUGACGCACAGCGCAUGCGUGCGUUCUCUUUCUCCGGCGGCCAUCGGAGAGCGGUCGGGACGCCAAGAUGAAACUCAACCCAUUUGUAACCUCUUCACGGCGGAAGAAUCGUAAAAGACACUUCAAUGCUCCGUCUCACAUCCGCAGGAAAAUCAUGUCCUCGCCGCUGUCUAAGGAAUUGAGGCAGAAAUACAAUGUUCGCUCAAUGCCCAUACGCAAGGAUGAUGAGGUUCAGGUCGUCAGAGGUCACUACAAGGGGCAGCAGAUCGGCAAAGUUGUCCAAGUGUACAGGAAGAAAUAUGUAAUCUAUAUUGAGCGCGUGCAGCGUGAAAAGGCCAAUGGUACCACAGUUCAUGUUGGCAUUCAUCCCAGCAAGGUGGUGAUUACCAGGCUAAAGCUGGAUAAGGAUCGAAAGAAGAUUCUGGAGCGCAAAGCGAAAUCUCGCCAAGUUGGCAAGGACAAGGGAAAAUAUAAGGAAGAAUCCAUUGAAAAAAUGCAGGAGUAAUCUUUUGUUCUGUCUUCGUUGCUUUCAAUAAAAAUGGGAGAAAAAAAUGUUGGUGUCUGUCAAAGAAAAUAUAAUUUUUUAUAUAUCUUUAGCAUACUUUGAGAAAUAAAACAUUCAAUUUCAGUUGAUUU